UGUCCGACGGAUUCCGGAAGGAACAUUCUGAACAGUUUGUUCCCGGCGUCUGAGCCCGAGGCGGCGCGUUUGUGUUUUUGCGGUUCUAGCGCUAUUGUGUGACAUUCGUUACCUUUGCGUUAUACGACCAAGCCAUAAACAUGUCCGUGCUUUGCUACAACCGAGGAUGUGGUCAGCGCUACGACCCGGAAUCCAAUAACGAGGAUUUGUGUACCCACCACCCAGGAGUGCCAGUUUUCCACGAUGCCUUAAAGGGUUGGUCGUGCUGUAAGAGACGAACCACUGAUUUCUCAGAUUUCUUGAGUAUUGCGGGCUGUACAAAAGGACCUCACAGUAAUGAAAAACCUCCGGAGCCUGUAAAACCUGAAGUCAAAACCACAUCAGAAAAAAAAGAAUUGGCUGACUUAAAACCCAAAUUUAAUGAGCAUAUCAUUCAAGCACCGAAGCCAUUUGAAUCUAUAAAACGGCCUAGUCCAGAUGAGCCCUUAGUGCGCUUACAGCUGAAGGUGUCUGCGUCGCUGAAACAAGCCUUGGAGAAACUCAGACUGUCUACAGAAAAUGAGCCAGAAGCAGCAGAGGAAGAUACGGGAGAAAUUAAGGCUGGAACCCCCUGUAAAAAUGCAGGUUGUUUAAAGACUUUUGCUGGACCACAGACCAAUGAGGAAAUCUGCCGAUACCACGCCGGUGUUCCUAUUUUUCAUGAAGGAAUGAAGUAUUGGAGCUGCUGCAAGAGGAAAACCUCUGAUUUUAAUACAUUUUUGUCUCAAGAAGGGUGUUCGGCAGGUUCACAUUUAUGGAUUAAGAAAGAUGAUGGUAAGAAAGUGGUUCCAUGUAGGCAUGACUGGCACCAAACUGGAGGCGCUGUCACCAUAUCAAUCUACGCAAAGAAUUCCAUGCCAGAACUAAGCUUUGUAGAUGCAAACCGUACACUGGUGAACAUCCAGAUAGUAUUUGAUGGUGAGAAAGAAUUUCAGCAGAAUUUAAAGUUAUGGGGGGUAAUCGAUGUUCAAAAAAGUUACGUCACAUUGACUGCUACAAAAGUUGAGAUUUUCUUGAAAAAAGCUGAACCGAUGUCUUGGGCGAGACUAGAACUACCUCAAACCGUCACGCCGGAGACAAAAGAGAGCGCCGCUUCGGACGGUCAAGAAUAACCCCGAUGCCUGAAGUGACAGAAACUGCUACGAGAGGAUGAAGCGAUAGCCU